AAUUGUGAGUGGCUUACGACACUCAGUGAACAGAAGGUGUUUCUGCAUGCACUGGCAGAGCGCUAGUCUGCUGCGAGGGAUCGAAACCGCUCCGCUCCCCAGCGCGCCAGCCCCGCGCCUCUCUCCCGCCACAGAGCAGCCGGAGCCCCCCGAAAAGAGAGGGGCUGCGAUGAGAGCCACCCCACAGCCCGCCGACCGCAAGGAAGCAGCGAACAGACACCCGCUAACGGGGGACCAUUAACAGCAAAGGAAAAAAGGGGGGAAGGAAUACAGAGAACCCCCCCCCCCUUCAAAAAUAAUUACAUAAAGCUACAUCUCCGUAAGAUAUGAGUCUGUCACCCCGUCGGAAAAUGAGCCGAUUCGCUGGAUUGAAGGCCAUCAAGGUCAGCGGUCACUUCAAGUGACGGACGGUAAUUCGCGCUGACAGAUCGGAGGAGUCUUUAGCAGAGGAAGAGAAAGAAAGAAAGAGAGAGAGAGAGGGGGGAAAAAGAAAGAGAGAGGGAGUUGAGGGAUUUUUUUUUUUUUUGCCCCUGCUUGCCGCGAUCGCCACGGCAGCCGCUGCGGAGGACCGCGAGCACGAGAGAGAGAGAGAGAGAGGAGAGAGAGAGGAGAGAGAGGAGAGAGAGAGAGAGGACUGUCCUCCUAUGAAUGCAGCCAAGGGAGCACUCACUCCUUCGCAAGUCCGCUGAAAGCUACUUGGAUUCCUUCUUUCGCUGGGCGCUUUUGAGGCGAGGAGAACCGAGGCAUUGUAAACCUGCCAGGAUCUGCUGUCUUGCUCGAGCAGGGGGGCGGAGGGGGGGGCCCCGAAUUCGUACCACAGUGGGGUCUUUUUUAGAUUCGCACAUAAUUAGCGCGGGGCACAAAGGGAGCGUCUGAAUGGAGGAUGUGAGCCUUGGGCGCAGGGGGAUAUUCAUGCUGAUGGAUUUCCUUCUAAUUGGUCUGUACCUGAAGUGGCUGGUGAGGAAGCCCCCCGGAUUGAUACUGUGCUCCCUGGGAAUCUUUCUGAAAAGCGUUCCUGUGGUGGGGGGCGUCUGCCCCAGGCUGUGCCGCUGCGACAGCAAGCUGCUAUACUGCGAGGGGCUCAACCUGACGGACGUCCCCCGCAACCUGAGCGGCGCCACGGGCCUGUCGCUGCGUGAGAACGGUCUCUCGGAGCUGCGCGAGGGACACUUCGCCGGCCUGGCGCAGCUCACCUGGCUCUACCUGGACCACAACGCUGUGGAGCUGGUGGAGGAGACCACCUUCGAGAGGCUGCGCAGGGUGAAGGAGCUGGACCUCAGCUUCAACAGGAUCGAGAGCCUGCCCAACGGCACUUUCCGACCCCUGCCCAACCUCCGCAUCCUGGAUCUAUCCUACAACCGGCUGCAGGCGCUGGAGCCGGACCUUUUCCACGGCCUUAGGAAGCUAACCAAUUUACACUUGCGCUACAACGCCCUCAAGUUUGUCCCCGUGCGGAUCUUCCAGGACUGCAGGAGCAUGCAGUUCCUGGACCUGGGCUACAACCAGCUGCAGAGCCUGGCGCGGAACUCCUUUGCCGGGUUGUUUAAGCUCACCGAGCUGCACCUGGAGCACAAUGAGCUGGUGAAAGUCAACCUGGCCCACUUCCCCCGCCUCAUCUCCCUGCGCACGCUCUACAUGCGCAGGAACAAGGCCACCAUCGUGGUCAGCACGCUGGACUGGACCUGGCACUUCCUGGAAAAGAUCGACUUCUCCGGCAACGAGAUCGAGUACAUCGAGCCGCACGUCUUCGAGAGCGUGCCCAACCUCAAGUCCCUGCAGCUGGACGCCAACAGGCUGACCCACAUCGACCAGCGCAUCCUGGACUCGUGGACUUCCCUCGACAGCAUCACCCUGUCGGGGAACGAGUGGGAGUGCAGCCGAAACGUCUGCGCCCUGGCGUCCUGGCUGAGCCGCUUCCAGGGCCAGCGGGACAGCGCCCUGCUGUGCGCCAGCCCGGAUACCGCCCAGGGCGAGGACGUCCUGGAUGCCGUCUACGCCUUCCAGCUGUGCGAGGAUCCGGCCGACGUCACCACGCAGCUCUACACCUUCACCAAGGACAGGGCCAGGGGGCACACCUACCGGGGGCCCACCCGAAACCCCUACGAGCCGCGGGACGCGGAAGGAGGGGCGGACGGGGACGAGGGCGACGAGGACGGCGAGGGGGAGGAGGAGGCGGCCACCAGCUCCUUCGCGGUGACGGUGGCGGCCGACGACCUGGAGAGCACCAUGCAGAUCCACAAGGUGGUGACGGGCACCAUGGCGCUCAUCUUCUCCUUCCUGAUCGUGGUGCUGAUGCUCUACGUCUCCUGGAAGUGCUUCCCGGCGGGCGUCAGGCAGAUGCGACAGUGCCUGGGCAGCCAGCGGCGCAAGCAGAAACAGAAGCAGACCAUGCAGCAGAUGGCGGCCAUGUCCGCGCCGGAGUACUACGUCGACUACAAGCCCAACCACAUCGAGGGCGCCCUGGUCAUCAUCAACGAGUACGGCUCCUGCACCUGCCAGCAGCAGCCGUCCCGGGAGUGCGAGGUGUGAGCGGCGGGGGGAGGCGCGUGCGCGCCACACAACCGCGUGAC